UAAGAAACGAGAACAAGUGUGUAGGAAACCAGACUGGAAAUGCGAUGGCGUCAAUCGAAAGUGGCGUGUUAGCCUUGCAAAGUGAACUUGAAAAGGCAAAGGAAAACCUUAAAGAUGUGGACGAAAAUAUUAAAAAAUUAACAGGACGUGAUCCAUAUGAACAAAGACAAGGAGGAAAUAGAAGGUUGUCUCAGUCUGGGGAUUCGAGGGGUCGAGGACGUCCAUUCACACCUGGUGGCAGGAGAUUUUCAGACAAUGAAGGACAGGCAGCUCGUAGACUUGUUGGAGGAGCCUUCUCAAGGCUUGGUAUCAGUCCUAGGGCUGCUGGAAGAGGAAGAGGAAGAGGACGAGGAAUAGGAAGGAGGGCUGCUGAUAGUGAUGAAGAAGAGGAACUUCCCAAUAAACCCACUAUCCAGUCUUCUGUUGUACUGACCCCUAAAGAACCCAAAUCAAGACAGGCUAGUUUAGAUGAGCAGAAAACAGACAAAAAAGGCACAGCAAGAAAUAGAAGAAUGUUUGGGUUACUACUUGGAACUCUGCAGAAGUUUAAAGAUGAAGCAAAAGAAUCAAAGGAUAAGGAAGAUCAGAGAAAACAGAUAGAAAACAAAUUAGAAGAAAAAGCUCUUGAAGAAAAGGAAGAAAUUGUAAAAGAAAGACGCCAGCUUUUCCAAGAAAGGAGGCAAACCCAAGUUAAAUUACGUAAAAUUGAGCAGAAAAUCGAAAUUGUAGAAACAAGUCAAGAAUGUCAAGCUGAGAGAUUAAAGCUAGCUAAUUUUAUACGAACCAAAGCAAAACCACACAUUUUCUAUUUGCCUAAAAUGAUGAAUGAAAGCCUAGAAAAUAAGAAGAAAGAAACAGCUACAGCUAUAAAUGAAAUGAUAACCCAGAAACAGAAGCAGCUUGAAGAAGAGAUAGAAGACUUGAUGGCAGGAGGUCAUGAUCAUGAUCAUGAUCAUCCAGAAGAAGAAGAGGGACAGACUGGGGAGGGAGCAGGGGAAGGGGAAGGGGAUAAAAUCAAAGGGGAACAACCAGACAAAGAAAACCGUGUUUCCAGACAUUACAGGUCUAAAGCAGAUGAAAUUGCUGAACAAGAAGGAACCACAAGUAGAAAACGUAGGAAAUCUAGUGGUGAAAGGGGGGAAAGGCAUAAAUCAGGUGAAGACAGGGACCGAAAACAUAGGAAAUCCGAUGAACAUCAAAAAGAUGUCCAUAAAAGUGAAUCAGAUAAAACAAGUGACAAUAAACGUAGAAAAUCUGAGCACAGUGGGGAACGAACAGAAGGUAGGCAUCGGCGAUUGAGUCAUGGGGAGGGGGAUAGGAAAGCACAUCGUGAAGGAGAUAGGGAGAGAAGCCGUGGGGAAGGGGAGAGAAGAAAAAGUCAUGGUGAAAGAGAUAUGAGAGACGGUGAAAGGGAUAAGAGAGAUGGUGAAAAAGAUAGGAGAGAGAGUCAGCAUGGUGAUAGUGACAGACGCAGAAGUCAUGGUGAUGAAGGACAUAGAGAAGAUAGAAGAAGCCAUGGGGAAGGGGGUCAUGAACAUGAUAGAGAGGGAAAGAAGAAAGAUCACAGAACCCGGGAACCAGCAAAACGGACAGAAAAGAAAGAGGAUGGUGUUAAAGUGUCAAUUGACUAUGAUGAGCAAGAGGGGGAGGGAGAGGCAAAUGAAGAAUCAAAUAAAACCUUGGAGGUACCAGAAAAACAACCAGAAAUUAUGGACUUCAGUAAUAUGGCAGACAUUCCAAUGCCAGAUGAUGUGCAAGUACCAAAAACAACAUGAUGAAUUCAUCAGAUUAAAAAUCCUAAGUCUUUGGAAAGUGUGAAUUUAGAUAUUUUUAUAAAUGCACAAUAGAAUAUAUUUUGGGCUAAUUAUAACCUGACACUGUUUCUAAAACUGAAAACCAAUCAAAAACAAGUUUAAACUUUUCCUAAACUAUCUGCAAUGUCUUGGUAAAGUUUGACCAGACGUGGUCUUGGUCAUCUCUAAGAUAACUGAUUUCAAAAUUACAGUGAUAUAACCUGAAAAUGAACUAAAAUGUUAAGUGUCAUUGUAUAUCAGAGUACAUGAAAUGGUUAUUAAAAUAAAGUAUUAUUUUCUCUAUUCACAUUUUCCAGUGACUGCUUUUUCAUAUUUCAGGAAAUACUUUUAGUUGGUGAUAGUGUCAAAGUUGUCAGUUGAAUGGAUCAAUUGAAUCUAGUGGAAUUCUUUUUCAUUUAAAAUUUGGGCUACUAUUAUAGUAGGAAAAUAGCAUUUGAUGUUGAUUUUAAUCUUACCUAAAUAUUGACCAAUAUCAAGUUUUGAAUAUGAAUAGACAUAAAAAGACAGUUCAUGCCUAAGAGGUUAAUACUUUUUUUUAAAAUAUUUUACCAGUGAAAAAAAAUUCAUAACUCAUGAAAAUUGUGGGUUUUAAUCUCUGUAUUUGAUAUUAACAAGUUGUGAAAACAGGUGAUAAAAGUUAUUUUAACAGGUAGUAAAGGUGAGUAUUUUAAUUAGACUUUUAUCAUUUGUUUUCUUACUGAAAAUAUUUUAGUCUUAAAAUAGCAUUGUUUGAAAGUGUUUUGAAUGUGAAUCAUGUAUUUGUAAUGUGAAGCGGUAUCCAUGAACCAUUUGUUUUUAAUGAAAUUGGUAUACAUUUCAUAUUAGAUAUAUUAAAUUGCAUAUAACAAGUAGUUUAAUAGUACUUUGCUACUAUAUUUCAGUACUUCACUAACUUUCUAUUUCAAAUUGUCUUUCUUAUACAUGUAUCAAACUGCAUAGUCAUAUUCAGCAACUAUACAUAUUAAACAGAUUUAAAUGUAUACUUCUAUGUUUAAAUUUUGAUGUUAUUUGUAAUUAAUUAUGAAAUGGAAAAUCAAAUACUGUAAGUUGUUUGUUUGUCUUAUGAAUUAUUAAUAUUCAUAAUUUUAUAAAUGACAGUUUUUAACCUUA